GUUAUGGCUCGUACCAAGCAGACCGCUCGCAAGUCCACCGGCGGCAAGGCGCCGCGCAAGCAGCUGGCCACCAAGGCGGCCCGCAAGAGCGCGCCCGCCACCGGCGGCGUGAAGAAGCCGCACCGCUACCGGCCCGGCACGGUGGCCCUGCGCGAGAUCCGGCGCUACCAGAAGUCCACGGAGCUGCUGAUCCGCAAGCUGCCGUUCCAGCGGCUGGUGCGCGAGAUCGCGCAGGACUUCAAGACGGACCUGCGCUUCCAGAGCUCGGCCGUGAUGGCGCUGCAGGAGGCGUGCGAGGCCUACCUGGUGGGGCUCUUCGAGGACACCAACCUGUGCGCCAUCCACGCCAAGCGCGUCACCAUCAUGCCCAAGGACAUCCAGCUGGCUCGCCGCAUCCGCGGGGAGAGGGCGUAAAAUGGCUCUUCUCGACUAAAUGCCAACUUAAACCCAAAGGCUCUUUUCAGAGCCAACCAUUUUUUCUACGAAAAAUUGCUGUGUACUUCGGUCUAGUUACUCGGGGAAGAAUAUAGAAAUGUACCCCUCCACCGCCGCCCCGCCCCGCCGUGUCCCUCUACAGGCUUUUUAAGAGCCUUUAAGGUCCUCCGCCAGUCUUUCGGUUCCCUUUUUCGAGGCUGCAUUUUCUGGCUUGCCUGCUUUUAGGGUUGGCUAGCUUGGGGUUAUGAACUUUGGUUUUGCUGGACCCUUGGCCACCUAAUACGGUUUGGCUAUCUUUAUCUUUUGGGGGCUAUUGGGCACCUUCUUGGCCACGUAGCCGCUACUUGUUUCUCUGCCCUCUGGAGGCUUAGCGGAUUUUGGGGUGGGGGGAGAGGGUGCUGCUUGCGCCCGUCUUAGCUUUGGGCUUGCUUUCCCCUGUGGCCGCCUGGUUGAGUUUGAAAGCCUGAGGCGCCAAUGCCCUUGGUCUGCACCAAGGUGCCCUUACUCACCAGGCUCUGGAGACCGAGCUUGAUGCGGCUGUUCUCAAAGUCUCGUCAGCUGCUGCCAGCGCCUUGAGGUCAGCCAGGGACACGCCGCUGCUGCGCUCUUUGGAGGCGGAUACAGCCUUGGUGUUAAGCUCCGACAGGGGGGCCUGGAAGUUUUGUGGCGCCAGCGGGCUUGCGGGGCUUUUUCUUCACAGGAGUCUUUUAUGGAGAAGGAGCUGGAGGGGCGGCAGACACAGGUUCCGACAUGAUUGUUGGCUUGAAUAACUAACAGUACAGAAAAGAAAAAA